GUUGUUUAAACAGUAUAAAGUGCAGAUGUCCUGCAUGCAGGUUAGCAGAACAAUCUGAGGAGGUUGGCAGAAGUAUCUAAAGAGCUUCGGCCACCAUGACCAUUCUGAUCAGCUCCGUUCUGGGUUUUCUCGUCCUGCUGGCCACCAGCCAGGCCGCUGACCCAAACUGUGAGGACCUCACAAAGCCGCUGGUGCUGGAGGACGACUACAGUUCAAUCAUGGGGAAGUGGAUCUUCACUGAAGGAAUCUCUGAUGAUCCUUUGUUCAAAAACUUAUUCCAAAUGGUGAACAGCACUUGGAUUACGAUCUCCCCCAGUUCCUUAAAAGAUACGUUCAUUUUCAGCCAAGGGAAGCUGGCAUAUGGAACUUGUAAAUACAUUGACCUGAACACAACUUUCGAAAACAGCACCUUUUAUUCUUCUGAUAACGAGAUCACAGUAAAGGGCGAUUUACUGGCAUGUUCUUCUGGCUGCUUCACCCUAAGCUUAACCAGACAGAUGAGAAAUGAGACCUCCAGCGCCUUCUACCUGUUCACAAGAGGACCCAGAGCAUCCGAGUCUGAGAUGGAUCUGUUCUGGAAACAAGCUCAGUGUCUCGGCUUCAAAAAAGAACGUGUGUUCUCCUACGAUGGUGUAACAGUGAUCAGGACCACCACAGGACCCUCACAGAGCAGAAUUGUGUCCAAUGGAUCCGAGUUUAUUUGAGCAGCAGAGUGAACCUGAGGAGGAAUGAAAAUUUUACCUCAUUCUUAGAGUGAUUUUUUGUGCCUGUUGAAAUGGAAAAAUAAAAUGUGGCCCUGCUGAGUCA